CCUGUCGCGAUUCACUACGACGCCUGUCGUCGACUGUUGUCGCCAGGAUCACUCGAGGGACUCGUCGCCGCAUUCGUCGCAUUCCCCGGCCUCCCAGUCACGAACCAGCAGUCGCCGCCCAUCGUUUGGUUCCAUCAAGGAAGACGUCACAGGUACGGCCCAGACAAACAUGAGCGGAGAGGGACAGAAGAUUAUCUCGGGGAGCUAGAUCAAAGGCUAACGGCAUUUGCUGUAGGCAUUGCACAGUCGUUCGUGGAUACGGAGCCGCCCCAGCCGUCGGAGGGGAACGCUUCACCCGCUUCACCCACCGCCUCGGAGCUGGAGAUGCAGGCCCCGGAUUUCUGCUGUCCAUGCGGGGGAUUCCUGGGUUGGAAGCAGAUCCGGCUCGGGGGGAGGAGCUUGAGUCGGAGCUACAGUGACCUGCGCUUCCUCGGAAAUGCCCAGUCCAAGGGCUGGGCCUGGGAGGUCACCAAACCACGCGCGCCCCAGAAGACGGAGGAGCAAGAAGUUACGAAAGCAGGCCGUUCGUCGUUGGAGAAGCUCCCGGCAGAAGUAUUGGAUCAGGUUAUCUCGCAUCUGGCCCUCGACGUCCCGCCCAAUGGCUAUACACCUCGCAAUGUCGAUCUCAUCUCGUGCUUGCUGACCUCCAAGACGCUGCAUGCAGCGACGCUCAGUGUCCUCUACCGCAACAUCACCAUCCCCCACUCCAUCAUCUUCUCCAAAGCCCUCAACCAUAUCUCGCAGUAUCCCGCCCUGGGCACCCUGGUCCGGCGUCUGGACUUCUCUCACUUCACCUCGGUCGGCCUGGGACGCACCAAGCAGAUGAACGUGGAGAUCCAGAAUCUCACCGCAAAGACCCUGUUGAAGUGUCUGGAUCUGCUGCCGUACCUGAAGGAAUGUCUCCUGCAGGAGCACGUCGAGACGGAUAUCGAUGUGCCGGUGCUGCGGAAGUUGUUUACGGGUCUGCCCAACCUGCAGGCCGUGGAUUUCUGCGGUUGCUCCACCCAGGCCUUCUCGGCCAGCUUCGUCGAGGCGCUGAUGGAAGGUCUGCCGCCAGCUCUCCCGAUGUUGAAGCGGGUUUCGCUGCACGAAUGUAGCAGCCUGCCUGCGGUGGCCUUCGAAAUCUUGCUGCCACGCCUGGUCAAUGUCACUCAUCUGGACCUGGCCCAUACCCAGAUCACGGAGGCGGCGUUGUUUUCGAUUCCGGAUACCGCCCGCAUCACCCACCUGAACCUCUCGCGUUGCUCCCGUCUCACCGGCCCGAAGGUCGUGGAAUUCCUUACCACCCAUCCAGCCGUCCGUGAGUCGCUCGUCUAUUUGAACCUGCAGGUGGAUAUCUCCCGCUACAGACUCUUGGACGGCGACGAUGUCACGGCAUUGCUUCCCAAACUCCCGUCCACACUCCGUUCACUCAACUUGGGGGGCGCGAGGAUCUCCUCGGAACAUGUCCCGGCCCUCAUCCCACUGACCAAGCAUCUGGAGGAGCUUGGCCUGGGCGCCGCAGACCUGUCCGUUGCUGAUAUCAAUUCCUUCUUUGUUGCUCCCAAACCACCACCAGCCCCAUCCCCAGAGAAAGCCGCAGACUCUGCCCCUACCCCAGCGUUUCAGACGCCCUGGGUCCCGCCAACUUUACACUAUCUCGACCUGACCAAGGUCCCCUCAAUGACCCUGGCAGUUAUCUUCAACACCAACGCGUGCGUCCUCAUCGCUCCCCAGACCCAGCCGCUGGAGGUGCUGGAGUUUGGCGACAAGAUCAUCACGCUGCUGCGGGAGCGUACCAGCACCAAAGCCAAGAUUGGAUGGGCUGUGCGCGAGCUGGGCCGUCGGGGAUGGUUUGUGCGGGAGCCAUCUGGGAUACAUCGUGCCGCAGAUGACGGGUCUCGCUGGUGGAAGAUGGGUGCCAGAUGGUGGGGUAUGCGUAAGAUCCCCGUCGCUGUUGGCGAUGUAGGCGGCAUAUACGGACACUACAUGUUUAAAAAGUGAGUCUUGACACACACACGACUAAUGAUUCAUCUUCUGCAUCACACUCCGCUCAGCGAAUUAUUUAUAUUGGUCUAUGCAUUUCCAGAGGGGCCACUCUUGUCUUGAUACCAUUUUAUGUUACGGACGAAAUGCAUCUGCACUGCUUUACGUGUU